GCUGAUAAGAAGAGAUGUAAAAGUGGGAUGUGGCAUAUCGGUCGAGAUGGAUGGCUAUCCUGUCAGCAUUACUGGAGAGGCCGUGAAGAUGGGGGGGUCUCGUUCCUUGGACCAGGUCUUGCUUAACAUUGACCACAUUCAGCAGAGGCACACGUGGGACUGCGGACUGGCAUGCAUCAUGAUGGUGCUUCCACCUCUGCAGCGCUCUAAGCUCUCUUCUAGUCUCUACCAGAUAUGUGAAGAGGAAGGCUUUGACAAGAGCACAUGGAGCAUUGACCUGGCUUACUUACUACAGAGGUUUCAAAUAAGACACAGGUAUAAAACAGUCACUCUAGGCGUUGAUCCUGGAUUCUGCACAGAAAGCUUUUAUGAUCACGUCCUUCAUAAGGAUGCUCAGAGAGUCCUGGACCGGUUUCGUGAUGCCAGCAGGAAUGGUGUGGUGGUAGAGCAAGGGAGCAGUACUAUAAAUGAUAUUCUGGCCCACCUACAACAGGAUGGACCUGUCAUAGUGCUUACCAAUGCUCACCUCCUCAUCUGCAACAGAUGCGAAAGGGCAAUGCCCCAACUGCGCUCCUGCCUGCCCUGCUCCCCUCCGUACCAGGGCCAUUAUAUUCUCCUCAUUGGCUAUGACUUGAGGAAGAAUCACCUCUAUUACAGGAAUCCAUCUUUUAAGAAUCGCAUUUGUUCAAUCUCUUUUAGUAAGCUUGAUGAGGCUAGACAGAGUUAUGGCACAGAUGAGGAUGUUAUAUUUAUCUAUACUAGUCCAAAGCCUCAGGGGUCAUCUUGA